GGCGCACACGGGAUAAGAUAAUCUUAUCUGAUGGCGCUCGUCGUGGCCACCCAUUCCAUCUUCUGCUGGGUAGCAGCUAGCAGUAUACAAGAGCUUGCUUGCUGUCCUAGUCCUACCUACUGACGAGCUCGCCAUGGCCUCCCUCUCCUCUGCCGCCGUCACCGCCCCUUCCUUCGCCGCACCAGCGCCAGCCCGCGCCGUGGUCAGAAGGAGGUCCUUCACCGUGCGCGCCUCUCUCCGCAAGGCCACCGGCACCGCCGCCGUGGCAAUGGCUGCCAGCGCCCUGCUUGCCGGCGGUGCCAUGGCCCAGGAGGUGCUGCUGGGCGCAGGCGACGGCGGGCUCGUCUUCGAGCCCAGCCAGUUCACCGUCAAGGCCGGCGACACCAUCACAUUCAAGAACAACGCCGGCUUCCCGCACAACGUCGUCUUCGACGAAGACGAGGUGCCGAGCGGCGUCGACGCCACCAAGAUCUCGCAGGAGGAGUACCUCAACGCGCCAGGCGAGACCUACUCCGUCACCCUCACCGUGCCGGGAACCUACGGCUUCUACUGCGAGCCGCAUCAAGGAGCCGGAAUGGUCGGCAAGAUCACCGUCAACUAAUUAAGCUAGCUAUCGAUCGAUAUCCAUUCAUGUAUUAGCUGUUGCUUCCUGCUUUGUACUCCGCCGAUCUGUCCAUCUCUACAUGUUUUCGUCUUCACACAACAACCUCUGCUACGACUACGUAUAUAUGCAUGCUACUAGCUGAUUGAUUUUAACGA